AUGGCUCAGGCGGUUCCUGCAAGGGCCAGCAUGCAGACCAGCUUCCUGGGCAGCGGACUCCUGUGUGCGUGGGCGGGGACCGUCCUCCUGGUGGUGGCCACGGCGACAGAGCACUGGAUGCAGUACCGGAUGGGGGGCGCCUUGGCCCACCAGGGCCUGUGGCGCUACUGCCUGGGACCCAAGUGCUUCCUGCAGACCGAGGGCAGCGCCUACUGGAACGCCACCCGGGCCUUCAUGAUCCUGGCGUCAGUGUGUGCCACUUCCGGCCUGAUCUUGGGCAUCCUGGCCUUCGCCCAGCACCCCACCCUCAGCCGCCUCUCCAGGCCCUUCUCGGCUGGCAUCAUGUGUCUUGCUUCCACCCUCUUCGUCCUGCUGGCCUUGGCUGUGUACACCGGGGUGGCCAUCAGCGUCCUGGGGCGCCGCUUCGGGGACUGGCGCUUCGCCUGGUCCUACAUCCUGGGCUGGGUGGCCUUGCUCUUGACCUUCUUCGCAGGUAUUUUCUACAUGUGUGCUUUCCGGGUGCACGAAUGUCGCCGCAUGUCCACUCCCCACUGA